GACUUGGGGUAAUCCUAAUAUACCUGGCAUCAAUACUAGGCUGGUAUUUUUACUGGGAAUGGUGACCAAUAUAACCCAGCAUAAAUUUGUAUUUAAUGAAGCUUUGCAAUACCGAGACAUUGUGCAAGUGGUAUUUGAGUUACGAUGACAUUUCGGAAGAAGAAGGAGGUAAAGGGUAUCCAGCGUAUUGUACUGGUUGGAUUUACAUUGUUAAUCCUGGGACUGCAGCAAGAUUGGUAAAUGCAGCACAGACAACCAAGUUUUUAUGGAUUGAUGAUGCCUGGGUGACAGGUUACUUAGUGAAAGCGUUAGGGUUCAAACAUCUAGAUUUGUCGACAUAUUUCAAUACAGUGACAGAAAAUGGAGUGGUGAUUAAAUCAGUUCAAAACCCAGCUAUUUAUCACAAGGAUUUCCUGGCUGUACCAAAUGGUAAAAACUUUGAGAUUUCCUACACUCUGACUGAAUAUGCCCGUUGGUGCUAUAUCAAUAAGUGCUACAACAAUAUCUACAAUCCACAAGCUAACUUAUCUAGCAGAGAUCUCAUUGCAGAUGAUGUUAUUCAUAAAAUUGGACAUUGACUGCAUUUGUCAAAGCUGAAUUAUUUAGAAAAAUUAACUGCACUUUUUAAGCAAAAUAUGUUUAAAGAUUUAUUGUUUUUUAGAUUUUUUGUACACAAACAAUGUUUAAACUUAAAAAACAAUUCUGUUAUAAAUUAUGGUUGAAAGUUUUCUUGAUACUGUUAAGCUAGUACUUUAG